AUGUCGAGUGAGGAGAAGAUUACACAGCCAACAGUUGCAACCAAGGGUGCUCCAAGUCUGGCAAUCAUGAAUGGGAAGGCGGCGGUCGUUGCGCCGAAGCUGAGUGAUGAUGAUCAUGUCGAGAUGGACGAUAUAAUCGCCGCUGGGCCGGAGGAAGUUGCAGACGAUAUAAUGCAGUUGGCUCGAAUCGGAGAUGUGCCGGCGAUGGAGAAGCUAUUCAACAGCGGGAAGUUCGAUGCGACAUAUUGCGAUGAUGAGGGGAUUACGCCGUUACAUUGGGCGGCGAUCAAUAACCAGUAUGCGAUGUGCCAGUUUCUGCUGAAAGGAGGUGCCGAUGUUAAUAAGAAGGGGGGAGAAUCAGUUGCAACACCUGCGAUGUGGGCGGCUCAGCGUUGUCAUUAUUAUACCGUACAUCUUCUACUCGAACACGGCGCGGAUCCUCUAGUUACGGAUGUUCAAGGCUAUAAUAUUCUACACCUGGCGACGUUUGAAGGGAACAUAUUCCUCCUGGUCCUGUUAUUACACCAAAACAUCUCGGUCGAUAUACCGGAUACGCAUGGGCACACGAGUCUGAUGUGGGCUGCGUAUAAAGGAUAUCCAGCAUGCGUGGAUCUGUUUCUGAGAUGGGGCGCAGAUGUACAUGCGGCAGAUGAGACUGGAUUUACUGCGUUACACUGGGCGCUUGUAAAAGGAUCACAGGGCUGCAUACAAAAGUUGAUUGAAUAUGGAGCGGAUCGAUUUGCCGAAACUUCGACCGGGAAAACACCAGCGAUUACGGCGGAAGAGAUGAAAACCGAGAGAAUCUGGCAUAAGGCGCUGAUUGAAAGUGGCUACAAUGAUGAUGCGAUGCCUCGGUCACUGGACUUCCCAGGGAGUUCGUACUUGUUGAAAGACAAAAGGGCGUUUAUGACGAAAUUCUUCUUCUUAUUUCCCUUUUUAAUAAUAUGGGUUAUGAUUUCGAUAUCCAGUUAUAUGGUGGUGUAUGCGGGCAUACCACUUGCAUUGUUUGCUGGAUAUUCAUUGCAGUGGGUAGCGAUGCAGGUGAUGGAAUAUGCUCCAACGGAUAUGAGACAUAUGCACAAAACUCCUUGGCUAGCUGGUAUUUUUGCAGCAACAUUGUUCUGGGUCGGGGUGAGAUGGUUGUCAACUAUCCUCCCUGCCACCUAUAAUUCCUUUCCAAUAACGAAUCUGGCGUUUGCUGUUUCGUUUACGCUCUGCGGGUACUUUUACUUCUGUACCAUGGUCUACGAGCCUGGCUUCGUUCCUAAGCUUGGAGGUCUUGGCCCUCAAAAGGCUGUUAUUGAUGAGCUCAUUUCGUUGUGGAAAUUCGAUGCUCAAAACUUCUGUACAACAUGUAUGGUUCGACAGCCAUUGAGAAUGACUUUAGAGACCGGAGUUCUCUUACUCGUCAGACUUGCAAUUGGAUAUUUUACUAUUGCGAGAGACACCACCGAAGAGGGCAAGGUCUGCAAUAUUCUUGCGCCGGAGCUUUGCCAGAUCGUGAACGCCGAUCCAUAUACACUGGUGCUUUGUAUCUGGGCAGCGCUUCAAUUAACGUGGGUCACUAUGUUGAUGUUCGUCCAGUUGGUCCAAAUUUCAAGAGCGAUGACAACCUGGGAGAACAUGAGCGGCACCAAUCACUCUCAUGGAAGUAAAGCUUCCAUGGCUAUCACAUCUGCGCUCACCACAGGAACCGCCAGCCAAGCCGGCGCCCAAAUUGGGGAUACUGGCAUGGGACCAGAUCCAGCUCUUCCUCCCACUCAUGCACCAGGCCAUCAUCACCACAAGGAAGGGUGCUUUAAGCAAUGGAAGAAGAUUCUUGGUGUCGAUACCUUUGUCGAAACAGCGACAGGCAAGACCAACAAGCGUCGGAACCGAAAUCCGUUCUCGAAUGGCUGUGUUGGUAAUUGCAAAGAUUUUUGGUGCGACCCGGCGCCUGUUUUUGGUAAAAGGGAAAACGGGACCGCAUUACUUGGUGGACAGGUGGUCGACUACACAGCGAUGUACGAAACACCUCGACUGAUGACCAUGCGUUCGAGGGGCGGAGCGGCGUAUGAGAGCUUGGGAACUGAUGAUUCUGUAUGA